AUUUUCUUCAUCAAAAUUGUAUUCGCCGCCUCGGCUUUCUUCCAGAGAAUAGAUCUCGGCAACCCUUCGCUUGGCUUUCUCCUCCGCUCAGAUGGCGUCCUUCAGCGAAGCUCCUCCGGGAAAUCGCGACAGUGGAGAGAAGAUCUUCAAGAUGAAAUGCGCUCAGUGUCACACCGUCGAUAAAGGCGCCGGCCACAAGCAAGGACCCAACUUGAAUGGACUGUUUGGCAGACAAUCUGGAACAACUCCUGGUUACUCUUACUCUGCUGCAAACAAAAACAUGGCUGUCAUGUGGGAAGAGAAGUCACUAUACGACUACUUGCUCAACCCCAAGAAGUAUAUUCCUGGAACAAAGAUGGUUUUCCCUGGACUAAAGAAGCCUCAGGAUCGGAGUGAUCUCAUAGCUUAUCUCAAGGAGUCAACAAAGGCUUGAUAGCCAAACAAAAGGAUUUUUUUGAGCAGCAAAUGAUUGGAUUAUGCAACUUGCUCCCUAUUUCCAUUCUUUUUUUUUGUGGAUGUUUACUUGCCAAAUAAUAUUUGAUGAACCUUUGUCAUCUUCUGGUUGAGGUAAUGGCCAGUUGAAAAGCCUAGAGUAUUUUGUGACAUCAAACUUUGAUACUGGACAUGUUUUAUCUACUACUUUACCAGUUUUUUUAGGGGGAAGCCCCCAUAUUCCCUUAACUUUGGUCAAGACCCUUUUAGUUUAUCAUAAUUUAUAUUCUUCACUAUUGUGAAUAUAUUUGCCCAACUCAU